CUACUAUUGAGUCUCUAGCCUUCGAUGAAAACGGUUCGUCCGCAGAGAAUAGAUAGAAAGAUACACAGAUACUUUUGGAGCUGCUCUUUAAAAGAUACUUCACUUUCUCGUAGAUACAUUUUAUUUACUUUUUUUUUGUUUUUUAAUUUUGUUUGCUUGUGCUCGCGUUAUUCGGGAUACAAGUUGCUUUAAGAAGCUGUGCUCCUUCCUGUACAUUUUUUGAGUGUUGGUUUUUGGGGAGAAUUUCAAUUUUACGGAAUAAGAUAUUUUGUCAUUUGUGCUUGGGGGAAUCCAAGACAGAUGAGAGUGUCCGCGGUAAAGUAUAUAAAUAGACUUAAGUUGUGAUAAAUUAAAGAUAUCCUUGCGAAGGAUUAAAUUAUAAUCCGCCAGAAUUUAAAACACCAAAAUCCAAUUACAAUAAAAUUGAAGACAAAACUGUACUUCAAAAAGGACUCAGUGGAGAAGGAUGUAUGUCUAUAUAAAUAGAAGAUAGGACCAAUAUUUUUGUUUUUACAUUUUUUAAUUUUAAAUGCAUUUUGAAGAAGCACCUUGGAAGUCUUCCCUGGAAAACAAAACAAAUUCAAUGUAAGAUACUUAACAGUGUUUCCGAGAAUCGAUGAUAUUGAUUUAGCGGCGUGUGUGCUCGGGUCGUAUAUUCGUAUAUGUUUCCGCGUUUUUGUUUAUUUUUGUUUUACUUUUCUUUUUAAUUUUUGUGUGUCGUUAAAUUAAACUUGAAGAAAUAAAUACGUGUACGUAAAAUAAACGUGUGAUGCAAGUUCUGGUCGAAUAGUGUAUAGGUAUGUCAAAAGUGACAAGAAGAAAAAAAAGCUUAGCUUAACGUGCUUCGUAAUAAUCUAAAAAUAAAAAAGGCUAGUCUGUCGUCCUGCCUGAAUUUAUUUAUCUUCUUCUAAACCAAACAACCAUCCAUCCAAACCAAUCCCAAUCCCAACCCCAACCCUAACCUGUCAACAAUAAAACCGCCUAAUGUAUCUAGAUACAUGAGUGGUGCCUACGUAUAUGUGUCGUUUUGAGUCGAUUGAGUUACGUCUAUUCAUCAAACUUUGUUAACAUUUUUUUUCGCUAACUUUUUAGAGCUGUGCGAAUUCGAUAUACGGAUACAAAAAUAAAUCUAUCGUCAUAUAGUGGGGAAAAGUUCUUCAAUAUUGAUUCGAGUUCAAUGUUCACUUAUCCGCAUCAUUGAUUGACACGCGUAAAAAUUGUGUGUUUCCUCGCCUUUAGAUAGGAUCUAUAUCUAGACCGACACCAACUAAAAAACGUCUAAAAGUGACUGCAGGUGGUUUUUGAGAUUUCAUUUACCUAACUGCCUAAGUUCGGCUGAUUUUGCGACAUAGGUCAUCAUCUGUAAAUUUUCAAAACGUAUAACAACACUAGAUACAGUCUUAUCAACACCAUGCGUGUCAAAGUCGGCAAACGUAUCUUAAUGAGACGGAAUAAAUCGAAAUUUAAGGAUAUUUACAUACAACCACAUGAAGUGACCGAGGGUGCGCUACAGAUAUGGCGAUCACUGCCAGAAAAAAUACGACAAGACCCCAGUCUGGCGUCAUUCCGUCAGGAACAUGAACGACUUCAUGCUGGUGAAACUCUCCAUGAUGAUGAUCCUCUACCAACGGAAGAUAUUAAUGCAAUGGAUGAAGCUACAAUCCAUAAUAAUAACUCAAUAGAUCCAAAUGCACCUAUUAGAAUAAAUAUUACAAAUGAAUUGGGCCAAAUGCAUGGAAUCGAUGGAAGAGGACACAAUAAUAAAAUGGACCAACCCAAUCAUAUGGAUGAUAUCGAUGCUGGACACGAUCAUAAGAAGAAAAAGUGGCCAAAAUGGACAAAAAUAAUAAUAUUAUUGGUUGUAUGGGGACUUUUCACUGGUUUUCUUAUGACAACAAAUGAAAAAGUCGUUGAAAGAAAAUUACUCUCCGUUCCACCUGCACAAAUACCUAAAGACUUCAUUGUAAGCAAUAUACCAAAAGGACUUCGACUUGGAGUCACAUUGGAUGGUGCCUUUGCUUCAGAACACAGCGCCAAUAAUCUAACCACUAAUUAUUUGUAUGUUUUUGUCCAACUGUUGUACCUUGGAAAAGAAGAAAUAAUCACCUCGAAUGAGACAACAGCCCUGAUACAGGAAGAGCUUGAAAUAACUCACACUCAAAAUCUGAGUGAGGUGUGGAAACUCCCCCUGCUGGACGAAGAACUACUUGACUUUGCUCCCGAAGUCCGACGAUCAAAAGUAUUCACUAUUGAUGCAGCUAGAUUUACAAAGAUCCACAGCGAAAAAGCUGCUCUGCGGAUUCGUAUGAAAUCUGAUGCAAGUCGAGGCAUUCCUCUGCAGUUCAGCUAUGACGAUACUCCAAUCAACAAGGACAUUGGCGUUGUGUAUGCGGCUUUGGUUUUGUGUGGUCUGUACAUUAUGAUCAUUUGGGAGGUGGUGAAUAGGACUUUUGCAGCCAUUAUCGCAUCGACCAUGGCUAUUGGAAUUCUGGCAGCUUUGGACGAACGUCCACCAAUGGCACAGAUCAUGGCGUGGAUUGACGUUGAGACGCUACUUCUGCUUUUUGGAAUGAUGAUAUUGGUUGCCAUUUUGUCAGAGACUGGAAUUUUUGAUUACUUAGCUGUGUUUGCUUAUAAGAUCACAAAUGGAAGAGUUUGGCCACUUAUAAAUUGUCUUUGUUUGUUUACGGCCAUUAUGUCAUCGUUCCUUGACAAUGUGACUACGGUCCUUCUUAUGACGCCGGUCACGAUACGACUUUGUGAAGUGAUGGGUCUUAAUCCGGUGCCAAUUCUCAUGUGCAUGAUCAUCUACUCGAACAUUGGUGGAGCCUUGACACCAGUCGGAGAUCCUCCAAAUGUUAUCAUUGCUUCGAACAGCUUCAUUGCUAAAAAUGGUGUCAACUUUACAGUCUUCACAGCUCAUAUGUUAAUUGGGGUUCUUGUGGUGAUGGUUCAAACAUAUAUUCAGCUGCGUUACAAGUUCCGAAAUAUCAAUGACCUUCGAUUCAAUGAAGCUCAGGACGUGCAGGAGUUACGUCAUGAAAUCUCUGUUUGGCAAAGAGCUGCUGCAUCUCUCUCCUCAUACUCCAAGGAUGAAGAUCUUGUCCGAGAGACUCUGACCAAGAAAGUCAAUCGGUUAAAGAGAAAUCUGAAGAAGAAGAUUAAUUCUGGAGCAACCGUGGCUGAUAACUAUGAACAGACUCUUGGACAGUUACAAGCGAAGUAUCCCAUCAGAAGCAAAUCUUUGCUGUAUAAGUCAGGAGUUGCUCUGGUAUUUGUGAUCAGUUUGUUCUUCCUGCAUUCAGUGCCAGAAAUGCAGAGGCUUUCAUUAGGCUGGACUGCUUUACUGGGAGCAAUUCUUUUGCUGAUCUUAGCCGAUCGUGAGGAUAUGGAAUCGGUGCUGGCUCGUGUGGAAUGGUCAACGUUGCUCUUUUUCGCUGCAUUGUUCAUUCUGAUGGAAUCCCUAUCGGAACUUGGUCUGAUUGAUUGGAUCGGUAAAAUGACAGUGAAUGUUAUCUUGUCCGUUGGUGAAGACUCACGACUAGCUGUGGCAGUUCUCCUUAUUCUCUGGGUAUCUGCGAUAGCUUCAGCUUUUGUUGACAAUAUUCCAUUGACAACAAUGAUGAUCAAAAUUGCCAUUUCACUAGCACAAAAUAAAGAUUUGCACUUGCCAUUGCAGCCAUUGGUUUGGGCAUUGGCAUUUGGAGCUUGUUUAGGAGGAAAUGGUACAUUAAUUGGUGCUUCAGCGAAUGUUGUGUGUGCUGGUGUAGCUGAACAACAUGGAUAUAGAUUCACAUUUUUGGAGUACUUCAAAGUUGGUUUCCCGGUUAUGAUAGGUAGUAUAUUAGUUGCAACAGUGUAUCUUAUGGUUGCACACGUUGUAUUCCAAUGGCAUUGAUGAACCAUCGAAAACUACACAAAAUAAUAACGAAUUAAAAUUAAAAUAAAAAAUAUGAUAAAAAGUUCUCAUUUCUAUAAGAAUAAUAUAUCAGAAAACUAUACAAAGUGUAGUUAUAUUGAUACAUAUUCAACUCAUUCACUGUCAAUAUAAAAACAAAAUAAAACUAAAAGAAACAAUAAGGUAUAAAUAAUACAAAAAUAACAUAAAUUUGUCCUUAAAAAAUAAAUGAAAUGAAACAAUGAAUUUAAAUCAAGUCUAAAAGAGAAUAAAAAACAAGAAAGAACUAAUUGUAAAAAAACUUAAAACAAAAAUUAUAAUAAUUAUAUUUUUCAAAGAGAUAUACAUACAUAAAAAAAACAUUUAUUUUUACACCAAAUAAUUGUUAUACUAACAAUAUUAGAGAUAAUGUAAUUGAUAUACAUAGUAAAAAAAUUAAAAAAAAAAAACAAAAUGUUAUGCGAUUCAUGUUAAAAACAAAAGAAAUACAAAUUAGAAUGCACUAUGUCUUAGUUAGUUUAUAAUUUUAAAAUACUAUUAUUAGAUAUUUAAUUAAAUUCCUUAAAUUUAAGUUUGUUAUUAUAUGAAAAAGUGUUUAUUAUUGUGAAUGUAUAAUGUAUUAUAUUGGCUGCAAUAUAUGUAUAUUUUUCAACAAAACUAAAUAUAUACCAU